AUGGCUCGAUUCAAUCCUCAUCACGCCAGUCUGUCUCUGGACAAUCUUUCGAACAAAGUCAUCGUCCUGAGUGGAGGGUCUACCGGUAUUGGAGCUGCAGCUGUCCGUCUCUUGGAUUCUCACGGAGCGAAAGUGGUCUUUGGUGACAUCGUACCACCAAAGCACUCCCUCGGUGACUUCUUUUGCACUGACGUCUCCAAAUACGAAGACACCCAUGCGCUUUUCCAAUAUGCUUUGCACAAGUAUGGUCGCAUUGACCACGCCGUUGCCAACGCAGUAGUGAUUGAGCAGCCUGGCUGGUUCCAACCGGAUGUCAUACAAUUCCUUCAAAAACCACCGCCAGAUCUAGUGGUCGACGUCAACCUGAAAGGCACACUGUAUUUUGCUCACAUCGCCCUGCAGUAUCUUGCUGCCACCAAGGGCAUCACGGACCAUUCACUUACAGUGUUGAGCUCCCAAGCCGGAUUCAAGGAGACCCCGGGACUUUUUGUUUAUCAGGCAACAAAGCAUGCAAUCCUCGGUUUGAUGAGAUCCCUCCGGUUAUACACUCCGGCUGUAUUUGGUGUUCGCGUCAACGCCGAUGCAUGGAAAGCUGGAGGAAACCCUGUGAAUCAUCCGGAAGAUAUUGCUCAGGUCAUUGCCGCUGUGAUAGCUGCUGGACCCGGGACUGAUGCGAUCUGGUAUGAUGACACUGAGGGAUAUUCCGAGACUAGGCAUCGAAAAAAUGUUGGAGGUAUUGACUGGGACGAUUCCAACGCUGGGUUAAACGGAAGGGCACUUUUUGUAAUGGGAGGUGAAGCUUACGACAUAGAGGAGGGCCUAGAUCGGACUGAAGAUCUCUGGCUAGGCAAGAAUAUGAGCAUGAAACUCAUGCGAGCACAGAAAGGACUGGGACACGGAGUUGACUGGGUUCCUUCUUGA